CUUGCUCUGUAUCUCCUCUCUCUGUCCUGCUCCUUGUUUACCACGGGAGGAACCCUUUUUUUCCCGGCAAUGACUCGUCCCAGAAAGCACACAACUCUGGCCAACUAAAGCACCACCAGAUCUGGUGAGGCUUAACCCAGCAUAAAUUUCUCUUUUAUUGCACAUAAAUGGGUUAAAUUUGUCUCAUUUCUCCAAUCCAGAAAAGAUGAUUCUUUUGGAAGAUUUAAUUAGUGUUCUUUUUGACCCAGAAUCGUAUCCAUUUAAAAGAGAUUAAUUAUGUCGAUAUUUCUUCAGAUUUACAGCUAUCUGUUUGUGGAAUUUACUCUGUUAAGUUUGCAUUUAAUGGGUUUUCCAUUUACUGCCUCGUGUUUUCCAAACAAAGGGAGAUAUUGUUGGCCUUUAGUUGUGGAGACGUUUGGGAAUUUUCUGACCUCUCUAGCAUUUAUAAAGCAUUGAUAUUUUUGUGUGUGAUUUCAGUUUCACUACCUGAAUAUAGGGUUUUUUUUUGUUUGUUUGGUCAUUCUCCGGUGCAUUGUUAGGAGGUGGAGUUUGGGGGGGUGAAGAUUUUGUUAGGGUUUCAUUGAGGGAGGGACAGGGGAUGGAGUAGGUGACGAGUUAGGGUCUUGAUUAGUUACCCGAAUUCAAAUUCGGGUAAUGUGCUAUGGAUUUGUUCCAAUUAGAGAUGUCAAUUUUGGUUACUGGUGUGUGGGAAGUGGAUUGUGUGCUCUGACUGUUUGUGUUCGCGAGAAUGAAUUAUGGAGAUGGAUUUUCAGUUCCACCAGAGAAAGAACUCCAGCUUAUGGGUUCUUGGAUGCCAUUAACACCACAGAAGCCUAUUCCUGCUAGGUCUAAUCUGGUGCCUGAGAGGCAUGUGAACCAAAUGGGAAGGGCCAAUGGCCCAGACCUCGUGUCGAAUCCGAUGACUGAGAGGCAUGGGGACCAAAUGGGAAUGGAAAAUUGGCAAGGCCUGGCAUUGAAUCCGUUGCCCGAGAGGCGUGGGAACCAAAUGGGAAGGGCAAAUUGGCAAGACCUGGAACUGAAUUCGAUGCCUCAGAGGGUUGGGAAUCAAAUGGGAAUGGUGAAUUGGCAAGACCUGGUAUCUAAUCAGAUGCCCAAGAGGCAUGGGAACCAAAUGGGAGGGACGAAUUGGCAGGACUUGGCAUCUAACCUAACCCCGGAAAGGCAUGGAAACCAAAUGGGAAGGGCAAAUUGGCAGGAACUGGCUGGGUUUCACAGUAUUCGUGCACAAGAGGUGCAGAAUUACAAUGCGGUUGUUAAGAGUUUUAGUCCUGCUGAACAAGCUGUUAGAAAUGGAAGUUGUCAAGGUCACAGUGCAGGUUCCAUGGAGAGAAGCCGGCGGAUCAAUCAGAUUGCAGGUGCCUAUACACAGGCCUUCAUCGAUAACACUGAUGCUCGGAGCAGUAAUGCAUUAGCAAAUUUUAUGGCACGGAGGAAUGCCGCUUCCAUUUCCUCUGCAACCAGAAAUCUGAAUGGAAGCAUGAGCAUCGGAAACGACAGAAAUCUGGGCGGAAGUAUGAGCAUGGGAACUGAGCCUCUGAUUCCAAAUUUUCAACUAUGCGACUGGGGAGAGUCCAGCUUAACCAGUUUUUUGCUUGCUAACCGAUCUCAGUUUUCUGGCAGAAAUAUGUCAACUAACAUCAGCAGCAUACCUCAGAAUCCCCAAUCAGGCGGACUCCCUAGACAAUACCAACCUGACCACAAUCUCAACUCACUAACUAGAACAGAAGCUGAUCAAGCUUCAAGCAUUGCCGCCUCAGUCCAAUUCACACCACUAACACCAGAUCAGGCCAGGAAGGUGGAGAAUAACCGGCUUUUGACGAUGCAAAAUUUCUCAAUGGACAAAAUGUCAAAUCAGGAAAAAGAGAAACAUAAGGAAAUAAUUGUGAUAGAAGAUGAAGCUGAUCAGCACAGUUGUGAUAUUCUCUUACAUAGCAUUGUGGAUUCAUCAUCUGUCAUUGAUUCUAUACCAGUUGAGGACAAGAAUGAUUAUGACAAGGGAAGUGACCAAGGCUUCAAUCUUAACAAGACGCCCCUGCAGAAACCACCCAAAAGAAGAAAGCACAGGCCCAAAGUUUUUGUAGAAGGGAAACCCAAAAGGACUCCAAGUGCUGCAAGCACGAAAAAUAGUGAGUCGAAGCAGAAAUCAAAUGAAAAGAGGAAGUAUGUGCGUAAGAAUGGCAUGAACCAGUCAGCAACUCAGGGUGCUGCUUUUGUCAGAGAGGGUACAGAUCCACUUGCUGGAGCAAAUGCAAAAUCAUGCAGAAGAACGUUGAAUUUCUCAUCAGAAAAGGCUGGAGAAGAAAGGCAGAUCAGCAUAGUUGGUCAAAAGGGGAGAACUCCCAUAAAUAAACAGGUUCCUGGUUUAAUUGUAGAUUUUCAAGCAAGAGAAUUGUCCUCCGGAACUGACAUUUUAUGCAGAACAAAGUCAGCAUUACAGACCACCCAGCAAAAUGCAUUAUUGCCAGAAAUUCAGCAACCAGGAACCACAAGUAGCCUCAUCGCUUCUACGAAACAAAUGCCAAGAAACUUCUUAUCAAUGUCAGAAGCACAAGCAUCUCUAUCCCAUCAAUUCCCAACAAAAAGCAUUCGAACAGAAGACUCAAUAGUUGACCCACAAAUUGUUGAUCCCCACCAAAUGAGUAGCAAAACAAGAUUCCCUCCCAUACCACAAAUGCAUGCAGAACAAUUUGGGAGACUUCUACCUCAAGCAAGAGCUAAUCUUCCAAGCUCUGAAAGUACCAGUAAAUUGAUGCCAAAGAGUACCCUUCAUUCAGCACCAAACUUUCUGUCGAAUUCAAAUCAAGCUAGGGGAUCUAAGAGAGGAUAUUUUCAUACCAUUGAGCAGACACCGUUCCAUGACAUGAGCACAAUUGCUCCUGCAAUGUUCUGUCAAGAGAUAUUCCAUCUUGAAGAUUACCACAGAGAGAGUAGUGUUGUUGGAGCAGGUUAUUUUGAGACCCACAAGAAGAAGAAAAAUGAGAAUGGAUUUCAAACAACAACAUACGAAAUGCCCUCCUGCAGUGUGGCAUUUGAAAGUGAGGGGCUCUCAAAGAGGGAAAACAAUGGGGUCUGCCUGAAUAACAGUAAUGUUGAAUUUAUAGCUUUCAGGAAAAAUUUGGCAAAGCAAAAUAUAAGAUCUGAACAGCAUUCAUGCAUGGAAAGCAUGGGAGUCAGCAGUAAUUUAAUUCGGUACGACAUCUUUUCCAAAUGUCACCUACUUCCACCAACUCCUUCCAGGAAAACCUGCAAUGUUAAUGUGUCAGAUGGACAGGAGAUGGGAUCUGCUCCAUCCCGCUCAAUAACAAGGGUGCCACACAAAAAGGAUACAUUCCAUGAUCAUCAUCAACCAUCUGCAAGAAGAAGAGGGCAACCAGUAAUGCAGACAUACCCCAUUUCAGUUGACCAAAUCUUACACAGACUGAAUGAUCUCAAUCUCAGAGGAAGGAGCAAUGAAAGUGGAGGACAAGAGGAAAAUGCACUAGUCCCAUACAAAACAGAUGGUACCAUUGUUCCUUAUGAGGGGUUUGGAUUCCUCAAGAAAUGUAAGCCAAGGCCAAAGGUGGACUUGGACCCAGAAACAAAUAGAUUGUGGAAUCUGUUGAUGGGAAAAGAAGGAGUGAAAAGCCUGGAGGGGACAGAAAAAGAAAAAGAAAAAUGGUGGGAAGAAGAAAGGAAAAUUUUUCGUGGAAGGGUAGAUUCAUUCAUCGCAAGAAUGCAUCUAGUACAAGGAGAUAGACGCUUCUCACAAUGGAAGGGAUCUGUUAUUGACUCUGUGAUAGGAGUUUUCCUCACGCAGAACGUUUCAGAUCAUCUUUCAAGCUCUGCCUUCAUGUCUCUAGCAGCAAGAUUUCCUCUCAAGUCAAAAAGCAAUACAACCUACGACAGGGAUGGAACCAAUAUAUUUGUUGAAGAACCAGAGGUUUGCUGCUUGCAAAAUCCAAAUGAGACAAUCAAAUGGCAUGAAAAUGUAUUAAGUCAACAACUCUGCAACAAAAGCUCUUCAACGGCUCAUAAGUCGGCAGAAAAAUCAAGGGAAAGUGUGACCCCUGUGAAAGAAGGAACAAGCUUAGCAGAGGUGCCUAGUCAAAGUUUAGAAGAAGUGACUUCAUCACAAGAUUCUUUUGAUUCUUUGAUCAUACAAGGAAUUCCAGGAAUCAGAUCAUGCGCAGGUUCUAACUCAGAAGCAGAGGAUCCUACUACUGGGAGCGAAUGCCACAAGAUCCGUGGUUCAACCUUCAUGGAUCUUCUACUGAUGGACAGCAACUCCUUAUUGGAUGAUUUAUACAGUUUCGAAAAUGGUAGCCCACUUUUUCACGAGGGACCUCAUGGCCAGCAAUGCCCAAGAUCAGGAAGGUUAGAUGACCAGAAGGGUCCUUCAGCUUCCCUGUUUAACCAGAAUGUGGCUUACAGCAACCCCAAUCUGCAGAUGCCAGUGAUUCCUUCCAACGAUUUGUUACACGUGACUUCAAACUCUGAGGUGAUGGGGAUCAAGGCUCUUGAGUUUCAUGGCGAAGAAAGUAUAUCUUCGCUUUCAGCUCCUUCUGGGCUCACUAAGGCAAUUGAUGACAACAUUACAAGCAAAAGUGUCGGACAAGUGGCAGAAAGUGUAAGUAGACCUACCGCCCGAGGGAAUAAAUCUAUGCGAGUGGAAGACACAAUCACGAAUCCAUAUGCUACACUAAACAAGCAUCCAUUGCACCAAGAAAGCACCUCCAAAGCUUAUCAUGACAGUAACUUGAGUGAGAUGAGCACGCCCCUGGAGAGCACAUCAGUGACACAGCCCAUAAAUCUUGCUGACACACUGUCUAAGAGGCAGACUAGCAAGACAGAGCGUAUUUCAAUUGUCCCUGAGUUUCCAGGAAAAACUUUUGAUGUUCUGGAGGGAAUUUCUAAAGUAAACAAACAAAUACAUGUGGAAAAUAAGUUGGUCGAACCAAAUUCUAGACAGCAUGUACAUUCUACCGAUACUGGUCCUCGGAAAGCAAAAAAAGCAAAGAUUGAUCAUGGAAAGAAUAAUGCAGUCGAUGGGGAUGGUUUAAGGAAACAGGUGGAGACCAAUGGUAGGAAAAGGGAGAGAAACAAAGAUGCAAUGGAUUCAUUGGACUACGAGGCAGUGAGAUGUGCUGCUGUUAAAGAGAUUUCAGAUGCUAUCAAAGAAAGGGGAAUGAGCAAUAUGCUAGCAGAGCGAAUCAAGGAAUUCCUUAAUCGAAUGGUUACAGAACAUGGAAGCAUGGACCUAGAGUGGUUAAGGGAUGUUAACCCUGACAAAGCAAAGGAUUACCUGUUAAGUAUAUGGGGCUUGGGGUUGAAAAGUGUGGAGUGUGUGCGGCUUCUAACUCUUCAUCAUCUUGCUUUUCCGGUUGACACAAAUGUUGGACGAAUAGCAGUUCGACUGGGAUGGGUACCCCUCCAACCAUUGCCAGAGUCACUUCAGUUACAUCUUCUCGAACUGUAUCCAGUUCUGGAGUCUAUUCAGAAACAUUUAUGGCCAAGAUUGUGCAAACUUGACCAACAGACAUUGUAUGAGUUACACUACCAGAUGAUUACCUUUGGGAAGGUUUUCUGCACUAAGAAAAAGCCAAAUUGUAACGCCUGCCCAAUGAGAGCGGAAUGCAGACACUUUGCCAGUGCAUGUGCAAGUGCACGGCUUGCACUGCCUGGGCCAGAAGAAAGGAGUUUAGCAAAUUCAGUUGUUCCCAUUACAUCUCAGAAAAACCCUGCAGUACUGAUCAAUUCUGCGCCAUUACCGCUGAUUGAGAAAAACUCACUUAAAAUGGCACCGUCUGAUGUUGGUGGUUGUGAGCCUAUCAUUGAAGAGCCGGCAACACCAGAAUCAGAACGCCGUGAAAUAACAGAAAGCGACAUAGAGGACUCAUUCUGGGAAGAUCCUGAUGAGAUUCCGACAAUAAAACUCAACAUUGAUGAAUUCACUGCAAAUUUGCAGACUUAUAUGCACGAGAACAUGGAACUUCAAGACGGUGAAAUGUCCAACGCUUUAGUUGCUUUGAAUCCAGCAGCUGCUUCCAUCCCUACACCAAAACUGAAGAAUAUAAACAGGCUACGGACAGAACACCACGUGUAUGAACUUCCAGAUUCGCAUCCUCUCCUGAAAGGGGUUAGUUUCUCUUCUUUUAUUGUAUUCUCUUUACAUGACGAAAUUCUCAAUGAUUACUUCACAAAAUUGCAGAUGGAGAGACGAGAACAUGAUGAUCCUAGCCCAUACCUUCUUGCAAUAUGGACCCCAGGUGAAACCGCAAACUCUAUUCAAGCGCCAGUUCAACCAUGCAAGUCCCAAGGACCGGACAAAUUAUGCGAUGAUAAAACAUGCUUUUCAUGCAACAAUGUACGAGAAGCUAAUUCACAAACAGUUCGGGGAACGCUUCUGAUACCUUGUAGAACAGCAAUGAGAGGAAGUUUUCCACUUAACGGGACAUACUUUCAAGUCAAUGAGAUGUUUGCAGACCAUGAAUCGAGUGUCCAACCUAUUGAUGUACCAAGAGCAUGGAUAUGGAAUUUGCCAAGACGAAUUGUGUUCUUUGGAACUUCAGUAUCAACAAUAUUCAAAGGCCUUUCAACCGAGGGAAUUCAGUAUUGCUUCUGGAAAGGAUUUGUUUGUGUCAGAGGAUUUGACCAGACAACAAGAGCACCUCGACCCCUUUUAGCCAGACUGCACUUUCCAGCAAGUAAACUGACCAAGAAGAAAGAUGAUGUGAAAUGAGAAGCACCAUGAUGCUAGAAAAAAUCCCAGAAAAUAUACUAACUAGGGGUAUGCUCAUACAAGAAGAGAGAAGAUACCCGACUCUGAAGGAAAACGACUAUAGACCAGAACAUUGUUGUAGGUGUAAUCAUUCUUCCUCAAACUUCAAAUGCACCCACCAUCGUAGACGGGGAAAUCCAAUGGCAAGUGAGAUUUGGUCUGUAUGAGAACGAAAUAUAUUAGUGCAAUUACUUCAAUUGAUGCUCCAAAUUGAGCAAUUCUUGCCAGAAGAAAGAACAAAUAAAAUAUUAGUCGUAUAAAGAAUAGUUCUUUUAGGUAUGUUACCCUGACUCCGGAGUCACAUUGUAUGGUAUGGCUAAAUGUAAGGUUAGAUGGGUAUUGCAUACAAGAACAAUGUUCGUAUGUUAUUUGAAAAUAAGAACAAUUCUCAAGAGUCAAGAUAUCAUUGUGAGAUUUUGAG